AUGGGACUUCUUCACUCAAAACAUCAGAAACUUAUCCUACAGUGUUACCCUCCCGGGAAGGCCGUGGAUAAGAAACCCAACCCCUCGGAACUUUCUUACCUUCUCUACUAUGCCUCGACUAGAAGAGUGAAAUUGGAGAAGGUCAUGACGUUUAUUCAACAGAAAGCAAAGUCGGACGUAAACAGGACUCGUGCCGGUAACUUGCAGGUGACAUUAAGUAUAAUAUCCGCGUUAAUUGAGAAAUGCUCAGAUAACUUGAAUGUUUUCGCCAAUGCUGUGUGCAUCAUCUUAUCGUCUAUCUUGACCAUCAAUGAUGUGGCAUUGGCCAAAGGUGUGGUGAGAACGUAUGGCGUGUUGUGUUCUAAAUUGGACGGUGAGUUGUUUUCUGGGGAUAAGCUUUUCCUCGACUCCUUUACCGAGUUAUCUAAGUCGCUCAUAAAUAAAACUAAAACAAGUAAGGCAGACUCCAGCCCCAACAGUUUGGAUUGGAAAAUCAUUUCAGUGUUGGCAUGUGGUCAUGUAUCCAACUGCAUUGGCUACAAUGGAAAGCUUGCUGGGUAUUUCACAUCUGUUUGUAUCCCCCUAUGUGUUAGCACCAUUGAGGUAGCUAAUACCACUGAACAAUUGAAAGACAAACUUCCCAACCAUGACUCACUGGUGCCCGUAGCGCCUACAGCUACCAAGUUAAAAAGAUAUAGCACGGUUGGAGGCGAUGAUAGCGCUCCUAUCCCUCCUAAAAAUGCGGUGAUAGCUUCAAUCACUGCCAAAUUGAUUGACGAUCUGGAUUCAAGCAAUAUCACUGAAGAAGACUUAGAGGAAGGAGCAUUCGUUGCUCUCAAGUCUUUCUUCGACACCACGCUGAUCUCUCAAAUAUCUGAAAGUACAAAAGUUGUGGUGCAGCAUUAUAAUUCCCCGAAGGAACACGCGUGGAUCAGUGUCCUCUUAGAGUUGUGUAUCAACUGGGUGCCUGUGCAGUUAAGAUUUGUAUUACUUUCUACUUUGUUGAAUAAAUUGACUGCUGUCCUGGAUAAGGCGGACGCCCUGAACCCUAACUAUAAAGUACAAAUUCAGUUUGCAAACUAUAUUUUGGGACUCAUGUCAUCAGAAGUGAACAUGAUUGGUCUUUCUGUUUCUGACGUCAUUCAACAUUUACUUUCCUUACAAACCAACGUAGUAUUAAAGCAGCAUCUGUUCUUGGACGAGAAACAAACCCUGUCCUUGUUGAAGGUAUAUUCCGAAUGUAUAUGCAGUUUAUCAACUCAUGUAUACUACUUUGACCAAGUUCCAGAUUCAGUCCAAGAGAUAUUGAUCAAAUUGGACUCAAUUGUGAGUAGAAGUGCAUUGGCCAACAAGAAAAACACUGCUGGAAUAAUAUCUCCAAGUAGCGCCAAUGGUACUGCACCAGUAAAUGCACCCCACCAUAUCAGAGUACCAAGUGCAGGCCAACUUUCUUCCUCCUCGAUAAUUGAACCUUCCUCAUCAUCUAUCCCAACUAAGCGUACGACUACUACAUCAUUAUCUACCAGCUUGUCCGACAUUGACGCUGAUAAACUUCAAAGGUUAGUCUUGACCCUUCUCAAGAAUAUAUCUAAGAUUCUUACCAACUUGAAAAAGAAGCCCUCAUCCAUUGCUCGUAAUCAUGUUCAACUUGAACACUGGGAAGUCAGUUUGUCGCUCAUUUCCCCCUAUUCCAGCUUUGAUGGUUUUGAUACCAACUUGAUGGCUCCAGAAAUCACAAAUCGUAUCCAGGUUGAAUACCUUAAAGUGUUUAGACAAUUCUUGAGCCAUGAAUUUUAUGCACAAGAAGAUGAGGAAGACUUCACUGACUCCAAGGAAGUCCUUUCCUCAUCAGAUGCAAGGACAUUCUUGACACCCAACUCCAAUAAUUUGAUCACUGAAUCAGACAACUUCCUAACUCAUUUCUUUGCUCAUUUGGACAAAUUGUUACACAGGCCAUUGGUUGAAAACGCAGAAGUGUAUGAUCUAGUUUUCAAAAGUAUGAAAGACUUGAUCAAUUUAUUAGGGAUUAAUUUUUUUGCCAAUUUCAUACCAUUUUUCUUCCACUGGAUUAAGAUAGGUAGUGAAAAUUCUUCCCCUGACUUAUCUAAAAAGUCAUCAGCUGCCAAUUUAGGCAAUAUUUCUGAUCGUGAUAGCAGCAGUAACAUUAGAGAAACUUUAGCGUACGCUACUAUGCAUUAUUCAUUGAUUCUUUUAGAUUCCAAAUAUUCUCAGUAUCUCGAAGAUGAUCAUUAUUGCAUCCACUCGACCUUCUUCAAAAGCGUUGAAACGGAUAUUACUUACAGAAAGAGUAAGGGUUUAUGGGUAGAAGAACUAUAUGAUACAUCUUCCAUUGCAGAACAAGAAAUGAGUGAAUCACCUAUAAGUGCUAACAAAAAAGGACUCUACUCAUUUAUUUCUAAUAAUGAAUGGAUAUCUAAUUGGAUAAAUCCUAACAGCAAUUUGCUACUUGAAACAAGAAAGAAGAACCAUCACCACAACGGCAGAGGAAACGGUAUUAGAAUUCAGUUGAACACCGGUAGUAAAUUGGAAACUAUUGAGAGCAGAGGCGAAAUCAUUAGUGAGAAUGAAAAUGGCAACAAACAUAGAAAUGGGCAUGGGCUUGCCGAUGGAGAACAGGAUGCAGAUAAUGAAUUAUUUGACGAUGCUGGCUCAAAUGAAGACAAUUUGAGUACAACAACUAGUGGCAAGCAUUUAGGUCUUGGUUUGGGUACUGUGGGAGACAUCACUUCAAUCCAUUCGGAAAUUCUUAACCACCACCAACAAAUUUCUCACUUGUUCAACUCUUUACCACACCAAAGAAGCGGGUACAGUCUUCAACGUGGUGGUACCGAUGGAUCAAUUGUAAGCGAAAACAGACAUGUAGUGAUUCCAAAGGUUUCGGACUUGAAGGAUGUGAUGAGCACCAGAGAAAUAUUUGCAACAGUUCCAAAAAUCUCAUUUGGUCCUAACUUCGACGAAGCUCCGAACUCUGCCAAGUCCGUAUUGUCUAGGCAAUUGGUUCAAACAGACAUCGACUUAAUAAUAGAUGGGUUGGAGUCUGACGAUUCUAAAAUUGUGGUAUAA